GUUAUUCCCAAAUUCCCAAUUCGCAUCCCCUCUCUCUCUCUCUCUCGGGUUAGGGUUUCGUGUGGAGACGAUGUCGUGGACGAAGAAGGUCACGCUGAGGAGCUCGGACGGGGAGGCGUUCGAGGUGGAGGAGGCCGUGGUGGCGGAAUCGCAGACGAUAAAGCAUAUGAUUGAGGAUGAUUGUGCCAACAGCAUCAUACCGCUUCCGAACGUCACAAGUAAGAUCUUGGCUAAGGUCAUAGAGUACUGUAAGAAGCACGUUGAGGCCGCCUCCAAGAGCGAGGAUCGUGCACCUGAUGAAGAACUGAAGGCCUGGGAUGCCGACUUCGUCAAAGUGGACCAGCCCACCCUGUUCGAUCUCAUCUUGGCAGCUAAUUAUCUGAACAUAAAGAGCCUGCUAGAUCUGACCUGCCAGACAGUUGCUGACAUGAUAAAAUCGAAGACUCCAGAGGAGAUUAGGAAGACGUUUAACAUCAAUAAUGACUUCACCCCUGAAGAAGAGGAAGAGGUUCGGAGGGAGAACCAGUGGGCAUUUGAGUAAAGAAUAAAUUUUUGGAAAAGCAAGAAACAGCGAAGACACCCCGGGGAAAAGAAGGAAGAAGAACAAAUGGAUGCAUAAAAAAUAUUAGUGCUUAGUGUUAUGUAUCCCGCACUUUCGAGUAAUCAAUCCAAGUAAUCUUCUAUCGACUC